CCCGCGAGAGUUGUUUGAAAACUCUGGCGUCAAUCCCUCCCUGGGAGCCUCGCAGGGCUAAGGUGCCGUCAGCCGCGGGAAACCGAGCCCUCCUCGGAUCGCGAGCCACCGUCGCUCUCCGGUCCUUCCCGUCCCGGCGCCAUGGCAGCGCAGAGGAAGCGGCUUUCUGUGAAGGAGGCGUUUCAGCUGGCGCAGCAGCCGCACCAGAACCAGGCGAAGCUGGUGGUGGCGCUGAGCAGCACGUACGGCGCGAUGGAUGAUAAGACAGCUUUUCAGGAGGAGUUUAUUCAUUACCUUAAGUAUGCUAUGGUGGUAUAUAAACGUGAACCUGCCGUGGAGAGGGUCAUGGACUUCACAGCCAAGUUUGUUACUUCGUUUCACCAGUCUGAUCAGGAAGAAGAGGAGGAAGAGGAAGAUGGCGGCAUUUUAAAUUAUUUGUUUACUUUUCUCUUAAAGUCUCAUGAAGCAAACAGCAGUGCAGUCAGAUUUAGAGCGUGCCAGCUCAUUAAUAAACUUCUUGGGAAUAUGCCAGAAAAUGCCCAAAUUGAUGAUGAUUUAUUUGAUAAAAUUAAUGAUGCCAUGCUAAUUAGACUGAAAGAUAAGAUUCCAAAUGUAAGAAUACAAGCAGUUUUGGCUCUUUCUCGACUCCAAGAUCCCAAGGACGACAACUGCCCAGUAGUUGACGCAUAUGUUACUUUGAUUGAAAAUGAUUCAAAUCCAGAAGUUAGGCGUGCAGUGUUAUCUUGUAUUGCACCAUCAGCAAAGACUUUGCCAAAAAUUGUAGGACGUACAAAGGAUAUUAAGGAUGCUGUCAGAAAGCUGGCUUAUCAGGUGCUAGCUGAAAAAGUCCAUAUGAGAGCUCUGUCCAUUGCUCAGAGAGUUCUGCUUCUUCAGCAAGGCCUUAGUGACAGAUCAGAUGCUGUGAGACAAGCAGUGCAGAAGCAUCUUCUCCAGGGCUGGUUGCGGUUCACUGAAGGCAAUAUCCUAGAGUUGCUUCAUCGGUUGGACGUGGAAAAUUCUUCUGAUGUAGCAGUCUCCGUUCUCCACUCCUUAUUCUCAAUGACUCCUCUCAGUGAGCUGGUGGGAAUUUGUAAAAAUGAUGAUGGCAGGAAGUUGAUUCCGGUGGAAACGUUAACUCCUGAAAUUGCUUUGUACUGGUGCACCCUUUGUGAAUAUUUGAAAUCAAAGGGAGAUGAGGGUGAAGAGUUUUUAGAGCAGAUUUUGCCAGAGCCUGCAGUGUAUGCCGAGUACUUACUGAGGAAACGACUGCUGGCUAUUUUGCAAGAGACUCUUAUUCUGCCUACAACCCCAAUGUCCUUAGUUUCUUUAAUUGUUGAGAGACUCCUCCACAUCAUCAGAGAUGAUAACAAAAGGAUACAGAUUGUCACAGAAAUUAUCUCAGAGAUUCGUGCACCCAUUGUUACUGUUGAUGUUGAUCCAUCUGAUACAAGAAAGAACGAACUCAAGAUGGCUGAAAUAAAAGUUAAACUUAUUGAGGCUAAAGAAGCUUUGGAAAAUUGCAUUGCUAUUCAAGAUUUUGAUCAGGCAUCAAAAUUAAAAGAAGAAAUAAAAAUAUUGGAAGAUGCCAAAAUAAACCUGUUAAAAGAGACAGAGCAACUUGAAAUUAAAGAAGUCCACACAGAAAAGAACGAUGCGGAAACAUUACAGAAGUGUCUUAUUUUGUGUUACGAACUGUUGAAACAGAUGUCCACUUCAACUGGAAUCGGUGCAACUAUGAAUGGGAUCGUUGAAUCUUUGAUUCUUCCCGGAAUAGUAAGUGUCCAUCCUAUAGUAAGAAACCUGGCUGUGUUGUGUUUGGGAUGCUGUGGACUACAGAAUCAGGAUUUUGCAAGUAAACACUUUAUGUUGUUCUUACAGGUUUUGCAAAUCGAUGAUGUCACAAUAAAAAUAAGUGCUUUAAAGGCAAUCAUUGACCAAUUGAUGAUGUUUGGGAUUGAGCCAUUUAAAACCCAGAAAGUUAAGGGCGUUCAAUGUGAAGAUAAAGAAAUAAACUGUCAUGAUGAGCAAGAAGAAAAUGAUGCUGAAGAGACUGCCCCAGCUAAGAGUGUUCUGAAAUUCCUCUCUGACUUCUUAGACAGCGAGGUAUCUGAACUCAGGACAGGAGCUGCAGAAGGACUAGCCAAGCUGAUGUUUUCUGGGCUUUUGGUCAGCAGCAGGAUUCUUUCUCGUCUUAUUUUGUUAUGGUAUAAUCCUGUGACUGAAGAGGAUGUUCGACUUCGACAUUGCCUAGGAGUGUUUUUCCCCAUGUUUGCUUACGCAAGCAGGACUAAUCAGGAGUGCUUUGAAGAAGCCUUUAUUCCAACUGUGCAAACACUGGCCAAUGCCCCAGCGUCUUCUCCCUUAGCUGAAGUAGAUGUCACAAAUGUUGCUGAAUUGCUUGUUGAUCUGACAAGACCAAGUGGAUUAAAUCCUAAGGCAAGGAAUUCUCAGGAUUAUCAGGCCUUAACAGUACAUGACAACUUGGCUAUAAAAAUUUGCAAUGAGAUCUUAACAAGUCCGUUCUCACCAGAAAAUCGGGUUUAUACAAAAGCUUUGAGUUUGGUAGAACUCAGUAGCAGUAUUACAAAAGAUCUCCUGCUUCUAUUGGAUGAGAUUCUGGAGCAAGUAACAGAUAGGACAUGUCUGAGAGCCUUGGAGAAGAUGAAGAUUCAGUUAGGAAAAGGAAGUAAAGAGUCUGACCAAGGUGUAGUAACACAGGAUGUCAACACAACUACAACGGUUCUUCAGAAUGAAAAUGAAUAUAUGACUCCUGAGAGGGAUGGAAAAAGAACUCAAACAUCAAAAUCUACACAAGGAAAAACUAAAAGAGGACGUAGAAAAGCGCCAGUUUCAUCUAAGACCAACAGGAGACGCCAGAUUGCUGGGACAGACUCUGAAAGUGAUCAUGAACCACCAACAGAAAUGAAGAUGAGAUUACCCAGACGAGCCAAAACAGCUGCGCUACAGAAAAAUAAACUUAACCUUGCAGAAUUUCUUAAUGAAGAUCCAAGUUAAGAGAGCUGAUAAGGAUGAAGUCCUUUGAAAUUGUGCUUAUAUCUUUGCUUUAAUAGUUACUAUGGUAAAGUCAGAAAUGCCUGCUCUGAUUCAGGAAACAUGAAUGAUGCCACAUGACUUCAGACUCCUUAUUUACAUUAAACAAUGGCUUUGAGAAACUGCA